GGAGGCGGAUGUGACGUAGCUGACUAAUCUCCCUGUGCUUCCUGUCUUCCUUCUUGGCUGUGACUCGGUAAGCCGAACCGAAUUUGUUCUUGGUCUCUCCGUCGGUCCUGUACUUGCAUCGUGAGGCUGUCCAGUGCGGCCCAGAGGGUUCUUUUGUCUCCGCUAAACCUGCUCCCAGUGUACCUCAUGAGUGACGGGGAGUGCGACUUCUUCUGCUUCUUCCGCUGCUGCUGAGCACCAAAGCAGCAGGGAGCUGUAGUCAUCCCAAGUGCUGAGGGCUGAUUGGUGCGGGGGGGGCGGGGCUAUUUGAGGGCGGGCCCAGGGGAAUGUCUGUAGACAUGAACAGCCAGGCCUCUGACAGUAACGAGGACGACAUCGGCCCCAACUCUGAGGAGGAGGAAGAGGAUGAAGUCGGAGAGGAUGGGGACAUUGCAGACUACUACGAGGGUGUCGCCAGUGACGUGGAGCAGCAGGGGGCCGAUUCCUUCGACCCAGAGGAAUACCAGUUCACCUGUCUCUCCUACAGAGAGAGUCAGAAAGUACUGGCCGAGGAUGUGAACAGGGUCGCUAGCACCCUGAAGGUGACACUUGCGGUAGCUAAGCUGGUCCUGGUUCAUUUUCACUGGCAGGUGUCCAUAAUACAAGACAGGUACAUGUCCAGCUCCUCCCAACUGCUGUGUGAAGCCCUAGUCCAGCUCCAUCCUGGCACCUACAGACCCAUGACAGUGCCCGGCCACUCCUAUCAGUGCGGGGUGUGUCUGCAGCAGGUGCGCAGGGAUGCUCUGCUCGCCUUGCCCUGCCAGCACUCCUUUUGCAAGGCAUGCUGGGAGCAGCACUGCACUGUGCUUGUCAAGGAUGGAGUGGGAGUGGGUAUUUCGUGCAUGGCCCAGGACUGUUCCCUCCAAAUGCCAGAGGACUCUGUGCUCCCACUGCUGCACGGGGAAGAACUAAAGGACAAAUACAGACGCUACCUCUUCAGGGACUACGUGGAGAGUCACUGGCAGCUGCAGCUGUGUCCCGGAGCUGACUGCCCAAUGGUCAUCCAGGUGCAGCAGCCGCGGGCCAGGAGAGUGCAGUGUAGCCGCUGCAGCGAGGUCUUCUGCUUUAUGUGCCGUCAGAUGUACCACGCGCCCACGGACUGCGGAACCAUCAGGAAGUGGCUGACCAAGUGUGCGGACGACUCCGAGACAGCCAAUUAUAUCAGCGCACACACUAAAGAUUGUCCCAAGUGCAAUAUCUGCAUCGAGAAGAAUGGGGGCUGCAAUCACAUGCAAUGCUCCAAGUGCAAGCAUGAUUUCUGUUGGAUGUGCCUGGGAGACUGGAAGACCCACGGCAGUGAGUACUACGAGUGCAGUCGCUACAAGGAGAACCCUGACAUCGUGAACCAGAGCCAGCAGGCCCAGGCUAGGGAAGCACUCAAGAAAUACCUCUUCUACUUUGAGAGGUGGGAGAACCACAAUAAGAGUCUGCAGCUUGAAGCACAGACCUACCAGAGAAUCCAGGAGAAGAUUCAGGAGAGAGUGAUGAACAACCUGGGCACCUGGAUUGACUGGCAGUACAUGCAAAACGCUGCAAAGCUAUUGGCUAAGUGCCGCUACACGCUGCAGUACACCUACCCCUACGCCUAUUACAUGGAGUCUGGACCACGCAAGAAGCUUUUCGAAUACCAGCAGGCGCAGCUGGAAGCAGAAAUCGAGAACCUGUCAUGGAAGGUGGAGAGAGCGGACAGCUAUGAACGGGGAGUUGGAGGAGGGGGGCUAAGUGCCAGCGACAGAGGGGACCUGGAGAAUCAGAUGCACAUCGCAGAGCAGCGGAGACGAACACUGCUCAAGGAUUUCCAUGACACCUGAAGCCCCUCUUCACUCUUUCAGCUUUUAGAGAUCAACAGCACCCCCUCCCACACACCCACCCACCCCCCCC